AUGAAACUCUUCACAGUUGUGGGCGUCCUGCUCACUUUACACAUCGUGUCCUCCAGUAAACUGGUGUGUCACAUGACCAACUGGGCCCAGUACCGUCCGGGUGGGGGCAGGUUCACCCCGGGUAACAUCGACCCCUUCCUGUGCACCCACGUGAUCUACGCCCUCGCCACCAUCAACAGCUUCAACCAGAUCACAACCAUCGAGUGGAACGACGAGCAGCAGUUCGCCCAGCUCAACGCACUCAAACGCAUAAACCCAGACCUGAAGACCCUACUGGCGGUGGGAGGAAAUGUCAAUGGAAUGAGUCCAUUCAUCGGCGUCGUGUCCACACCACAGAAUCGAGCAGCCUUCAUCAGGUCGACCAUCAGCUACCUGCGAACUCACAACUUUGACGGGAUCAAUUUGGCCUGGGAGUACCCCGCCCACAACGGCAGCCCAUUGGACGACAAGAGGAGGUUCACAAUGCUGGUGCAGGAAAUGGACAAAGCAUUCGUGGAUGAUGCCAAAGACACCAGGAAGACUCAGCUGCUGCUCGCCGCCAAUGUGGCCUCUUCACGUCCAGUCAUCGAGAGGGCCUACGAGGUCAACCAGAUCGCAUCACACUUGGACUUCAUCAACGUCAUGACGUACGAUUACCACGGACACUGGGACGCCGUGACGUCGCACAACAGCCCCCUGUACCGGAGCUCCAUGGACGCCGGGUCCCAGUACCACCUCAACAUCAAUGCGACCAUUUCCCUCUGGUUGGCUCUGGGCGCUCCAGCCAAUAAACUGCUGUUGGGUUUACCCUCAUACGGACGUACGUUCCGCCUCAGCACCGGGAACUCAGGCCUCGGGGCCCCCGCCAACGGCCCCGCCGACGCCGGCCCCUACACUCGCACCCCUGGGUUCUGGUCCUACUACGAGAUCUGUAGUUUCCUGCCUGGUGCGAUUUCUGCGUGGAUCCCAGACCAGGAGGUUCCGUACGCCACCUACGGCAGCGCCUGGGUGGGAUACGACGACCCACUCAGCUUCUCCACCAAGGUCCAGUACCUGACAGCCCUGGGUUUGGGCGGCGCUCACGUGUGGACGCUGGACAUGGACGACUUCAGCGGUUCGUUCUGCUCAGCGGGGGCGUAUCCUCUGAUCAACACAGCCCGCCUAGCCAUGGGUUUCCCCCCUAAACCCACCACCACCCCGGCCCCCACCACCACCCGGGACCCCGUGACCGGCUUCUGCCACGGCCGACCCGACGGGCUGUACGCCAACGAGGCCGACAGAACCACCUUCUUCCAGUGUUUCCAGGGGAACACGGUGCUGCACCGAUGCCAGCCCGGACUGGUCUUCUGGGACUCCUGCAAGUGCUGCAACUGGCCCUGAACCGGACCCAGAACCAGAACCAGAACCAUGUCCAGUCUAUCAAUGCACAGGGUUCCAGUAAAACCACUCUGAUCUGAUGCUACAACAGGAAACAAACCGAUGACAAACUAAAAUAAACCAAACAUCAUCA